AUGGAGGACAAGCAUUCACGGCCUCAUGCUAUCAUGGUGCCUAUGCCUCUCCAAGGCCAUCUUCUCCCACAUACCCAUCUGGCCAUGAAGCUUGCAUCAAAUGGUUUCACCAUCACUUUUAUCAACACCCAACACAUUCACCACCAGAUAACCAAAUCCCAACCCAAUGACACUGAAGAUCAAGAUGACAUUCUUUGCCACAGCACGAAAGUCCGGCCUAGACAUACGCUACAAGACCUCCAAUCUGACCCCUCGGUCACUUGCUUGAUUGUUGAUACCUUCCACCCAUGGUCAGCAACCAUAGCCAACAAAUACAACCUUGUCAAUAUUUCCUUCUGGACUGAACCAGCUCUAGUCUUAAGCAUCUACUAUCACUUGGAUCUCCUCAGAGAACGUGGUCAUUAUGGUUCACAUGAUAAUCAAGAGGACACCAUCGAUUAUAUACCGGGGGUGCAGGCUAUAGAACCGAAGGACUUGAUGUCACACCUCCAAGAAGCUGAUAUAUCAACACCGAUGCACCGAGCCCUACACAAGGCAUUCCAUGAAGUGCAAAGGGCAGAUUUUAUUUUGUGUAAUACAGUACAAGAACUUGAAUCAAACACCCUUUCAGCCUUGCAAGAGAAGCAACCCACAUAUGCAGUUGGCCCUGUUUCCCCCAAUAACCCCACAAAAAGUAUUGUGGCUGCCAAUCUGAUGUCAGAAAUAGCUCAUGGGCUCUUGCUUAGUAAAGUGAGUUUCAUCUGGGUACUUCGCCCUAAUACUAUAAGUUAUGAUGAAACUUAUAUCCUACCUGUUGGAUUCGAGAAUGAGAUUAAAGAUAGAGGGUUGAUGGUGCCAUGGUGCUCUCAGAUUGAGGUGCUUUCACAUCCAGCAACAGGAGGGUUCUUGACUCAUUGUGGAUGGAACUCAAUACUUGAAAGUAUGUGGUGUGGUGUUCCCAUGCUGUGCUUCCCUCUGUGGACUGAUCAAGUGACCAAUAGGAAACUAGUCGUUGAUGAUUGGGGGAUUGGAUUAAAUCUCUGUGAUGGGGUGAAACCCAUCACAAGGGUGGAGGUAGCAGAGAAGAUCAACCGUCUGAUGAGUGGAAAAUUGGGUGAUGGAUUGCAGAAGCAGAGCAAGAAGGUUAAGCAAACAUUGGAGGAUGCAUUGGCUGUAAAUGGAUCAUCACAAAAGAAUUUAUCUCAAUUCAUUGGUGAUGUAAAGGCUGAAAUUCAAAAACGAGUGUGA